GUGCGUGAUCCGCCUCAGGAAGGCAUGUUUGUGUAUGGCAUCUACAUUUGGGGUUGUACCUGGGAAAAGACGACUGGCGAACUACAAGACCUUGCUCCUCGUCAUGGGCCUACACCUUUGCCAAUCAUUCACAUUAUCUGUAUUCCAGCUAGUGAAAAACAAAUUGUCACAGAGCCAACUCGAUAUGAAACAUUCUCAUGUCCUGUCUACCCAACACGUGUUAGCCCUCGUGAGCCAGUGUUUCUGAUGGACGUUCGUCAUGAUAGUAUACCACCAUCUAGAUGGUCACUACGUGGGUUAGCCGCUACAAUCCGUCCAUUUUAGUUAAGACACAAGUGAGGUAAACAUUCCUUGUACAUAUGAAAUUUAUAAGAAUUCUAAAAGAUUCAGUAUUUAUAUAAAUGUUUUACUAUUGAUGUGACUGUUCACUUGAUUCUUGUUACUAGAAAGCAGUGGUGGCACUGCCACCAGGGGCAGGGGACUUAAUCUCCUCCCCUCAUUGGGGAGCCAAAUUUUCUUACCAUACAUUACUCAUUGACCAAAAAAUAUAUGUAAUUAUAUACAUAACUCUUGAUGCAUAAACCUCCAUCA